AUGGAUCAAUCGGAGUGGGAAACCGAGAUAGGAGGGACGUUUCUCCUCCACCGGACCGUGACUCAAGUUAUGCCUGUCGGUACCAAAGUUGUGUCGGCAGAGCCUUGCGGUGUUUCUGCCUGGACAAAGACAGCGAAAAUCGCCGUCAUACUUCCAAACCAAAGCUCAAAGAGUUACUUCCUUAAGUGCGCUGCUGGCCAGGGCGCCAAACCUCUCACCGAAGGCGAGUACCAAUCUGCAUGCGCCAUUAACGAGAUAGUACCAGGUCUUGUGCCUCAAGCGACAGGUUGGGGAGAGUAUCGCGAUGGCGAUACACAGAUUCAUUUCUUUCUCGGAGACUACCACGAUAUGGAUCUAUCGGCGGCGCCAGAACCUGUAAGCUUCGUUGAGAGAAUCGCCGAACUGCACGCCAAGGGGAAAUCACCGACUGGUAUGUUCGGAUUCCCUGUCUCAACAGUGCUGGGCAAGUUCGAACGUACAACAACAUGGGAAAAGAGCUGGGCAGUGUGCUUCGCAAAUCAGCUCAAAGACGUUAUCAAAUAUGAUAACGAGGUAAAUGGUCUAUGGCCAGAGUACGACCUUGCAUGCGCACAACUCAUCGCCAAAGUUAUUCCAAAACUCCUGGGUGCCCUACAAUCGGAUGGCAGAAGCAUCGAGCCGGCACUGAUUCACGGCGAUCUGUGGGAACAGAAUGUCGGGAUUGAUAUGGAGACUGGCGAUACGAUUUUAUUCGAUCCAGGGUCCACAUAUGCCCAUAACGAGAUGGAGUUCGGCACCUGGAGGGCUUCUUGGGCUUACCAUUUCAACUCCCCAGUAUAUAUGCGACUUUAUCAGCGGCAUAUCGAACCUUCCGAACCUGUAGAGGAGUGGGAUGACCGGAACCGACUUUACAGCCUGCACCCAUACUUGAAUGACUCCGCGGGUCACCCAGGCAGUAUUUCAAGAGCCACGUAA